AUGAAUAAUGUAGGACUUCGCUUGACACCCCCUAAAACCACUGCGCUUAUGAUCAUGCCCUCUGAUUCACAGUCGGCAAGCAGACCUACCCACAAAGGCCUAGACAUUUUUGUUGUUGGCCACAGCGGUAUCAACCAGCUGGGCGGCGUGUACGUAAACGGGCGUCCGCUGCCGGACUCCACGCGCCAGAAGAUCGUGGAGCUGGCCCACAGCGGGGCACGCCCCUGCGACAUCUCCCGCAUCCUACAGGUCUCCAACGGCUGCGUCUCCAAGAUCCUGGGCCGAUACUACGAGACCGGUUCGAUCCGUCCGCGAGCGAUCGGUGGCAGUAAACCCCGAGUGGCCACCCCUGACGUGGUGGCCAAAAUCGCCCACUUCAAAAGGGAGUGCCCCUCCAUAUUCGCCUGGGAAAUCAGGGACAGACUACUAUCAGAGGGUGCCUGUACGAACGACAGUGUUCCCAGUGUGUCGUCCAUAAACAGAGUUCUUAGGAACCUGGCAGCUCAAAAAGAGCAAGCUCAAGUCCAGGCUCAAGAUGCCGUUUACGACAAACUUCGCAUGCUCAACGGGCAAGGUUGGCCUAGGCCGAAUCCCUGGUAUCCGGCAGGAACGACGUUUGGUGGUAUCGCUCCGAGUUACGUCGCGCCUGUCACUACGCCUACAGUACCUUUAGAGAAUGGUUUACCUCCUAAAAAAGAAGGUAGUGUAACAGAAGCCUCCACCCCUAGCGAUCAAAGUGGUAGCGGUGAGGAGGAUUCCGCAGCUAGGUUACGACUGAAGAGGAAACUCCAGAGGAACAGGACAUCUUUUACACCAGAACAGAUAGAAGCUCUCGAGAAAGAAUUCGAGCGAACGCACUAUCCCGAUGUUUUUGCUAGAGAGAGGUUGGCAGCAAAAAUUGAUCUCCCUGAAGCAAGAAUACAGGUUUGGUUCUCGAACCGCAGGGCGAAAUGGCGGCGAGAGGAAAAGCUUCGAAAUCAGCGGAGAGCGGCCGAACAAGCAGCGGCGUCAGUGAGCACGGCGCCCGGGCGACUUCCUCUCAACACGGGCUUCCCUAAUUCUCUCUACCCUAGCAUAGGACAACCCAUGGCAAGCAUGGCAGAGACAUACAGUACGAUACCCACAAUGCCCACCUACUCCACGAACAUGACACCCAGCUCUUGCCUGCAGCAACAGACGACAACGUACUCGUGUAUGUUGCCCCCGGGGAGUGCGAGGAGUUACGAUCCCCUGUCCCUCGGUAACUACACGCGGCCGGCCUGCCCCACGGCGCAACCGCAUGUCAUGCAACCCGUCAACAGCCAAUUCCCCAGUGUCAACAAUGGCAGCGCAGCAUCAACAGGUUUAUAUCUCCAGGAGUCUCAGUCCCUGUCCAGGUUCCUGGACAAUCCAAUGACUUGAAUAUGGCAUCGAACUACUGGACUAGGCUGCAGUGACGUCAUCCUGCCACCACAGACUCCAGCGACCUCGUCUGUCUGUGGCUGCAAUCAGAAGAGAGGCAGAAAUGCAUGAAAGGAAUUUACGAGGACAUUAGAAACAAUUUACAACAGCAGCAAACAAACAAUCAAUGAAAAAUUUUAAAGGAGAAACUUCAUCACUUAAAACAAAAAAGCUUUCGCCAUUAACUGGCAUUAACUCUCGAAAUCAUUAACGGUGAUUUUCACUAAUUGCUGUAACAAACAUGCAUUUAAUACAAUUAGAAAACGGGUUCCAGUUCAGAAGUUUUAUGAAAACAUUUCCAUAUUUGAAAAAGUAAAUAAUGCCUGCUUUUCAGCAUUAGUUGAACUAAGCAAUAAGGGACUCUAGUUUCAAAUAUAUCAUAUUCAAAAAUGGUUAUGCAUUUAUUAUUGAUUUUUAAUUGAGUCAAGAAUGUGCUGAAGAAAUUUACAAAAGAAGGAAAUUCUUGCUUUAUGUCUUAAAUAUUUUUAAUUGAUUACUUUAAUCAAAAUAAGUUUUAUAUGACGUAUUUAUAUUUAUUUUAUAACCACAUUUAUAUGUAACUGUAUAAAAUUAAUUCCAUAACACGUUAAAAUCACGUUUUUUGAUUUGACGAAUGUAACAGGAUGCUAAUUACUGUUGAAUUAAAUUAUUCCCUUGUGUUUGCCGAGUCAACAACUAAUGCUAAAAGUAUAGAUUUUCAAUUGCUGCCUAUGUAAUUUUACACAAAACGUAUUUCUAAUCCUACAGUAAUUAUUUGAGUUGCAUUUAACUAAAUAAUAUAUUCUUUCAUAAAAUUAUGUGUACAUUUUAGUUAAUGAUCAAAUAGUAUACCUAUUCUCUUACCAUUUGUAAAGAAAAUAGUUGCUUGCAUUUUUAUUGUAUAAACUCAAACUGUAAAUCCGCAUGAGCCCUUAGUUAAAAAGUCUAAGUCUUUCGUUAAAAUUCAAAAACUUAUAAUUUGCAUGAUUUAAUUUUCAAUGAAGGAAAAAAAAACUAUGCAAAGAUAAAAUUUAAUGGGACUAUUUUUAAUUAUUAAUUCUUAUGAAAUUGAAAUUUUUAUUACCUUUUAUUAAUUAAAAAUGUACAAGAUUUAUACUUUAAAGUUUAUAACU